AAUAAUAUCACAAUGCACAUGCUUUUUAUAUAAAGUUAUUAAAUACAAAUAUAACAACAUAUUUGUUUACUUGAUUUUUACGAAUCAAAAUAAAUAUAAUUAACACAACAUGAAAUUAACUGCUAAUAAUAACAGCUCCUUCCAUAGGCAAAAAUAAAAAGCGUUCCAUAAUAGACGACGCCGCUCACCGGCGUCGCCAAAAAAGAUGGAUUCUUCAGAUACACUUGUGACAUGCCUUUUAGAAGAAUUUGACUAACAGUAACCAAGGCCAUAGAAAACAAUAAACAAAGCUAAAGGAACAGAGUUCAGCAAGCUAAACCUAAGAGUCAUGACAACUAUACAAUUUAAAGAUCACCCAGUGUGGAAAGAUAUCCAGGACUUUGGAACUAAAGACAAAAUUCAAGCUCAGAUCACAUUUAUGGUGUACAUGGAACUUUGUGAAGAUAAAGAUUGGUGGAAUGUAAGGUCACACAUGUGUGAAGAGCUCUCUAUCGUAUUUCUGUCUGGUCAUGCUAGCCGGAACAAACCAAGGGAGAUAAUUAUACCUAUGACAUGUGACACUCAGCUUAGUCCUGCUCAAAUACAAACAUAUAUACAUACAGUGAAAUUACCAGAUCAGAAAAGUAACAGUAUCAUAUUGGCUAUAUGUGGAGGGGAUUCUGGAACUGUUUAUUACAGAUUAACAGAUGGUUUGGUGACCCCUGACCCACCAGAACUCACAGAGUGGAAAAAAUAUAGGCGUGAUGAAAUGCAAGACUUGAAGCGUCACCAUAUAAGUGAACAGACUGCCAUGUAUAUAAACAGAAAACAGGCAAAAAUUUCAACAGAAGAGACACAGGUCAAUGAUAAUACCUGAAAACUGGUAGAACAUUUUAUAUCAACUGAAAAACAACUCUUCUACCUCAUACAAAAUAAAAUUGUAUUCAGUGGAAAAUAAUAUACAAACGGCACAGGCAUGUGAUUAAGGCCUUUUCCUAAUGAACAAAAUUGUUGAACAUUUCCCCACAAACCAGGUUGUAGAAGAAGAUAAAUUUUGACUGGUUGUCAGUAUUAAAAGUGAACAUAUUCAGGAAAACGUUUAUAUAAUUCAAAAGAAUUAUGAUAGUUUUUUUAUAUGAUUUAAGUUCAACAUUUAGCUUGGUUAUUCAGAAAAUAGUACUUUCUCUGGUAUUAGCAUAACUCUUUGUUAUACUAUGAAUUCACUUAAAUGCAUGGAUAUGAAAUUUUGUAGUUUUGUCACAAAGAACAAUUUUGUGGGUACUUAAAUUUGUGGACUGUUUAUUUUUCCAAAAGGUAAAAUGUAAAUAAUAUGAAGAUAAGUAAUCUUAAACCAGACUAAAUGAAAUUUCAUUGCAUCUUAAAGUUGUUGAUUGACCUAUCCACAAAACCAAAAAAAUUAGUGCACCACAAACAAUAAUGAUUUUACAGUAGUUUUUCUUGCAGCUUCAGAUCUUAUGAAACACACUUAACUUCACAUUUGAGUUUAUACAUGUAAAACUGUUUGUCCAUAACUCAAGCAUGGUUUGUCAAUGAAUUAUUCUCCUUUGUGAGAAUUGUUAUCCUUUGUCAAAUUGUGAGAAUUAUUCCCCUUUCUCAAAUUGUGACAGUUAUUUCCCUUUGUCAAAUAGUAAGAGUUUCCCUUUGUCAAAUUGCAAUAGUUAUUCCCCUUUCUCAAAUUGUGAGAGUUAUUGCCCUUUGUUAAAUCUUUUGUUCUUGUUAAACUAUCCAGCCCUGAUGAUAGUUAAGCAAUUUGAUUUUCAUUACAAGAAACAUGUUUGUUACUUCUGUUUAUACAUGAACUCUGUAAGUGGCUUAGUAUUUGCAGACUUAUAGUUAAAGUUCAUCAGCAUGUGUUAAUGUACAUGUAUAUGGAGACAAUAUUGACUUCCUAAAGUGCAUGUUUAAUUAUUAUAAUUAUGUGUGUUUUAUAGAUAUGUGUUGACUUAUUAUAAUGCCAAUAAAAUUUCAUGACUUCAUUGUAUAGAAAAUAAAAAUAAUGAAAGUUUAUAGA